AUGUCUGUUCAUAACGAAAAGUCCACAGAGACCGUAGAGGCGGCAGAAACGCCGGUACUCGAACAGUCCAAGUCGAAGGAGAACUAUGAGGGCGACCAGACCCACGGCGUUGAGCCUGCCCGCCAGAAAUGGUACCAGUGGUUUGCACCCACUGACACACCAGCUGAGCGACGAUUGAUCCUCAAACUGGAUGGGUUGAUUAUUGUGUUUGUGUUUUUGGCCUACUGGGCUAAGGUCCUGGAUUCGUCGGCGACUAGCACGGCGUAUGUGAGUGGAAUGAAGGAGGACCUCAAGUUAUAUGGAAACCAGUUGAAUUAUCUCAAUACGGUCUACAUGGUUGGCUUCAUUACCAUGCAGAUUCCCUUGACCCUGGUGAUGACUCGCUGCCCAGUAAACUAUUUCCUGCCAGCUGCCGACCUCUUCUGGGGAGUCUUCACGUUGGCGCAAUACAAGGCUUCAAACGUCACUCAGCUCUACGCUCUACGUUUCUUCGUCGGAGCCCUCGGUGGCUUCUUCUUCCCUGCUGUUCAAUGGUACCUGGGCAGCUGGUACAAGCGCUCUGAGCUCUCUCGCCGAGGAGCCAUCUUCUUCAUUGCCAGUCAAGUUGGCAGCAUGAGCUCCGGCUAUAUCCAAGCAGGCGCUUAUGCUCGACUGGACGGACGCUAUGGAAUCGAGGGGUGGCGAUGGUUAUACAUCAUUUGCUUUGCGUGCACCAUCCCGAUCGCUUUCCUCGGUCUCUGCCUGCUCCCAAGCACUCCGGACAAGUGCAACUCGCGCUUCUUGAGCGCCGACGAGAUUCGCUUGGCACAAGAGCGGAUGGCUUCAGAAAAUCGUCAAGCUCGUCAGCCAUUCACUCUCCCCCGGAUGUUGGAGAUCUUGAAGGGUUGGAGAAUUUGGGUGUUGGUUUCCUUUGCGUUUUUCUUCUCCCAGGCCGACGGCGUAUCUUCGAACAGCGGUCUCUCGCUGUGGCUCAAGGCGGAAGGUUAUUCAGUCGAGAGCAUCAACACUAUCACCACAGUGUCCCCGGCUGUGACUAUCGUGGCCUCGAUUGUGUGCGGUGUGCUUUCGGACGUUUACGAUGCGAAAGCGAGCUUGAUUGCUAUUACCGCUGUGCUGAAUAUCUUUGCUUGUAUAGUGUUGGCGAUUUGGAACGUCCCCGUUGGCCUCAAAUUCUUCGCAUUCUUCCUCUCUGGAACGGCGGAUGGAAUCGCGGCUAUCAUCUAUGCUUGGGCGAAUGAGAUUUGUGCACAUAGCGCUGAGGAGCGCGCACUGGUCAUCAGUGCGAUGAAUACGAUUGGUAAUACCUUUGGAGCCUGGAUUCCUCUCUUUGUCUGGAAGACUGUCGAUGCGCCGAGGUAUCUCAUCGGCUAUAAUUGGACCAUUGCCCUUGACGUUUGUAUGCUUGUUAUGCUCGCGGUGCUUCGGCAUUAUUGGAUUCGCGAGCGGAAGCGGGCUCGGAACUAG